GUAUCUAUAUGAUAUAUGUACCUAACUAAGAUAAGUUAUGUACUUCGCAGAUGUUUUUAAACUAUUCGCGUAUCAGGAUAUCCACUGUUGCACAAAUUCAUUAGCCUAUCAUUCAAUACCUAGGUACCUAGGAUCUAGGUUAUUAGAGUGACCAGGCUAACCCUAUUUAGGAUCGUGACCAAAGCAGAUUACCGUAUUUGGCCCAACACGCUUUUGCACGCUUUGCACGCUCUGGACGCUCUCCCUUCUCACAACAACAUCGGAUGCAUGCGUGUAACGGUGGCACAGGCACAGCAGGAAUUAUGGGGGUUCUCUAUACAGAGAGACGGAGGCUGGCAACCCGAUUGGCCUUCGCCGUCGUAUUUGUCUGCGUGCUGUUGCUCUGCCUGAAUCCCAAUUGGUCCGAUCGAUCCGUCCAUCAAACUCUCCGCUUCGAUCCAAGAAAGCUCGAUCUAUCGAACGAUGUCGAGACACGAGGCUUAUGUCAGCAGCAUGGGUGGGCCCCCUUCGAGAACCCGGGGAAGAGAAAGGUGUAUGAUCUGAUAAUGAUCAAUACCGAGUUGGACUGGUUGGAGAUUCGUCUGAAUACUACUUAUCCUUACGUCGACUAUUUCAUCAUUGUCGAAUCUAAGAAGACCUUCACCAAUCAUGAGAAGCCCUUGGUCAUCAAGAACAACUUGGAUCACUUCUCCGCCUACCGUGACAAGCUCAUAUACCAUGAGCUUGAGAUCCCCGACGGCUUCCAUUCGGACCGCUCUAAUCCUUCCUGGGCAUUCGAGGACCUGCAGAGAGAUGCCAUGUAUACGCAGGUGUUUCCGAGGCUAGCGGGAGAGCAAGCACCUGUAUUGGGUGACGUGAUCGUCGUAGCCGACGUUGAUGAAAUCGUUCGCCCGGAGACGCUGGUAGUGCUCAAAGCAUGUCAUUUCCCACGCCGCCUCACGCUUCGGAGCCACUUCUACUAUUAUAGUUUUCAGUAUCUACACAGGGGUACUCAAUGGGCGCACCCACAAGCAACAUACUAUCAAGGUUGGAGGACCAUCCUCCCCGUCAAUCUACGGAACUCGGACGGCGGCCUACAACCUUUGAUCAGCAUGGAAAAGGGGGACCUAUGGAGUGCCGGGUGGCACUGCUCUACCUGCUUCUCCACGGUAGAUGAGGUUCUGACUAAGCUCUCCUCUUUCUCCCACAUAUGGCUCAACCAAGAGGCAUUCCGCGACCGUGAUCGCAUAGCCGAUCGCGUGAGGAACGGAAAAGACCUCUGGGAUCGCGAAGGAGAAGAAUACGAAAGGAUAGAGGAUAAUGAUGACAUACCCUCGGCAUUGCUAGGACGCCCCGACAAAUUCUCAUAUCUGUUAGACCGAGACGGCCCCACCGCCGGCUUUAAAGAUUAUUACCCUGCAAGGUAACACCGCAAUACGGAUCCAUAGCAAAUAGCAAACUAUUCUGAAUGGAUAUCUACCGUACCAACCGGCAGCGUCCAUAGCCCUCGAGCCAUAUUCGUCAAGUAUAUGAUGGCGAUCUAGGUGGCAUGUUUGUGGUUGUAAAGCAGUUGCCGGGUUCGUUCACCUUUGUCCAGAUCCAGCAACCAAUCUAAUAAGAUGGUCUUCAUAUCAUAAACAUGGGCAGUCCAAUGUUGAUCGAAUAUGCUUCGCUGGGAAUGGGCCUUUACUGUAUUCAGUUCGAACAAUGAUACCAAGGUCUAUGCCAAAAUUUCAUAAGAAAAAGGUGGCGGGCAAAGCAUACCUAAUCAUCCGCUAUAGAUAUUUUAUAGGGGUACAAAUUAAUAUGGUUCCAGUCCACUGGUAAAUUUGUAUGAAACGUAGCUAGCAUAAUCACCUCGUAUUAUGAGAAA